UUUUCGAUUAAAUGCCAAGUAUAUUUUUGUUAAAGCAAUGUCAAAUUUAAAUUUUUUGUCAACGCUAGUUCUAAGCGAAUUAAAAGACAUUGGUAUUAAGCAUAAGGAGAAGCGAACAAAAUUGGUUCCGAAUGCAUCCGGGCAGCGACUAUUUCGACAGAGGCUGCAAGAAUUAAAAUUGACUGAUGCGUUUCUUGCAAAUGGGUCUGUGGUCCAAGUGCCACAGUUUGUCACAGAAGCAUGCAGUUAUAUUCUGGAGAACAGUGAGACAGAAGGAAUAUUUCGUAAGGCUGGCUCUGCCGUAAAACAAAGGGAAAUUCGAACUUGCUUGGAAGCCGGCUUGCCACUUGGAAAAUCUCACAGAGUUAUUGAUAUUGCUAACAUUUUAAGUUUUUUCUUUCGAGAAUUGCCCGAACCACUUAUUCCAAAGUUUCUCCACGACACUCUUGUCAGAUGCCUUCAAAUAGAGGAGCGUGAUCGCAUACGGGCUAUUCAGCUCACAUGUCUCUUGUCGCAACCACUUACAUUGCAUACUCUAGCUUAUUUUAUGCAAUUCCUUAACACGGUCUCUACACAUGUAGCUGUCAAUAAAAUGAGUGCUGAGAACUUGGCUAUAGUAAUUUCACCAAGUGUAAUGCCAUACCGUGAUAUAAACAGUAUUCGUUUUAAAAAUCACAUUAAAUUGGUGGAACUACUUAUUCAAAAUGCAAAUUUAAUUGGCACCAUUCCUAUGCACAUUGAAAAUCAACUUCAAAUUACAGUGCUAAGAGCGGAUGCUUCACAGACGCCUAAGAGAAAAGUUAAUGAUAAUAGCGGUGGAACAAGCAAUAGGAAGAAGCGCCGAAGUCAAAUUUUCAAUGGCUUCAAAACGAUUGUGGGAUCAACCCUUGGAAGCUCUGAUCAGUUGGACUGUUCCCUUAAAACAGUUUGUGCAAACACUGCGAAUAGAGCAGCAAAUAGGAAGGCACAAAGGAAUUUACCUAUACAAACUGAAGUUGCACUUCUGAAGAAACGAAAAUUCGCUGAGCCCCUAAAUGCAUUCAGAGCUAAAAAAAUGUAUGCAAGAGAUAUCAAGGUGCCCACAAAAAGUACAACUGGUAAACAGGUAACCAACAAUGCCGGGACUGAAACUAACAAUGCAAACACUAUCAUGGAACGAAGGUGGAGCCUGUCUAGUUCAGGAUGGACUAAGUAUAAGAAGAAAGACAAACUGGUAAACAAACUUUGUACAUCGAUUUCUGAUAUUUUGGAUAAGGACGUCAGUCCUAAUGAUAAGGAAUUCAUAUCAAAUGCGAUCGUAGCAAAAGCCAUUGAAGCAGUUGACCCAAAAAAGGAUUGUACUAUGGAAAAAACAUGUGAUGGUAAAACGGGAUUGGUAGUGCCUAUUAGAACAGAAUGGCAUGAAAACUCAUUAAAAAAUUGUGAGCCCUUGGACAGUAUUAUAGAAAAUAAAACUCGUAGGAAUACUCUUCAUGAAUUUGAAGAGACAAAUUUCACACCAGCAGACGAGUUGACGGAAAGGCUAUACAAUAAACUCAAAAUUUGCAAAAACACCGAUGUACAUCCAAAAAGAUCACCUAGCUUAAGGAUCAAGGCACCACAAAAGACACAACAUAUAGUGAGAAAUAAAACUUGGCACAUUAGCGCAGCAACUGAGCAACAUGAAGAUUUAAUGGUUUCCAAAAAUGUGAAUCUUCUUAAUUUAAAAACGAGUGGACAGAUAUCGUUGCUACAGAAAGAUAUUGAUUGUGAGCAAUGGUUGCCAGCUGAAUCAUUUUUCAAAAAUUUAUCGUGUGACAAAACACCUAUAUCAAAAAAAUGUGAUAAAUUGAGCUCAAGAAUUCAAAUCCCUGAAAUGUCAAAAUCUGUUUUUCAUACCGUAUCUACAGUAAAUUUAAUAAGCAACAGCAAAGAAAAUUUUCAGACACCAAUGCGUCGUACGAAAUUCCAGCCCAGAUGCUUUUCUACUAAGGUUUCGGCCAUAUUGGAUGAAGACAAAGGUCGUGAUUCUAUCGCUCGUCUACGCACUGAAAACGCCGGUAUGGUUUUAGCAAAAGCAAAGCUAUUUAAUCAACUUAACUGCUGCGCAGACAGUAACAUAGGGUUAAAAUACUGCGGUAAGCGAAAUAGAAGAUUGUUUCAAACGUUUCUUAAAACGUGAUGAUAUCGACAUAAUCUUAAUAAAUCAAACAUACGCU